AUGGCACCCAAUCCGAGAACAGCCGCUCUGAAUGCAGCUCCAGGUUUGGCUGCAGCCCCAUCUUCGACCAUGCCACCGAAUCCGGAACCAGCCGACGAAACAACUAGCCAACGCAUCUUGAAAAACCUCUUCUACCUGCUGUCUUUUCCUAUUCCCAACCACAGAUUGGACUUUACCAACCGCGAGAUUGAACGGGGCGAAUGGCUACGGCGGCUGAGCGAAGUCCAGAAAGAAAUGUUCGUCUCAGAACAUAUUCUCACUAACUACCAGCUGACUUGGGCCAGACGAGUACUUUUCAUGGUCUUUAGAGAAGCACGCCUUUCACGCACCGCGAAUAUCUAUUGCUACAUGCUAAUGUACUUUACGCAAGUACCACUGGGCGACGAUGUGAUAACUUUCGAGCCUGGCUGUCAUCAGAUUGCCAGUCUGGAGGCCGAGAAAGCAUUUAUCGAGGUCGUGCCGGCACUUGCACAGAGCACAGUCUACUGUUGUACUCCCAUGACGUUCGAAAAGCAGGCACAGAUCAUUAUCGAUUCGGCCAAAGAGAGCGGCGUCAUCUUCCAAAACCACAUUGCCUACAUCAACGACAUGCUCGUGGCACAAGCCAUCAAAUACAUUAGCGACAGGAAUGGCUACUUUAAGGCCCACUCCUGCAGACUUGGGGAAUACUGCAGAAAUAAACGGGCGUGCAAUGGCGGCCCCAAGUUUCCCUUUCUCCCCGAGGCACUUGUUACCGAGCCAGAGCAGACCGUACCAGCCAAUGAGUCCGACUAUCAUAGGCUUCGAAAUUCUUACCCGGGCCGCUCAACCACGGACGACAUCUAUCGCGAAAUAUGUUACAGAAUGAGAAAAUUAAGGAUUAAAACAAUGUAUGCUGUCCACAGACAUGUAUACACCGACCCAAAGACCGCCGCGCCAUGGCGUGCAAUUUCUAAACCUAUACAGCCCAGCACCUUGACUGUGCACAGCGGCAUAACAGGGCCUCAAACCGGAGCGGUGGCUUCACAAGCACGCCACACCCAAGCACCGCCACUUGAUAUCCAAACUCCCAGGGCUAGCAACCCAAAGGGGGUCGUUCAGACCAAGAACUGGGGACAAGGAGCCGUGAACACCGGCGAAGCAACGGCACCUUCGGGCAGUGGCAGCCGCCAAACUCGUCGCCAAGACAGCAUUGGGCACGAAUGCUUUACGUCGAGCAACUGGAGAAAAAGGGCAGUGGAUCCCUCAGCGUUGAAGUCAUCGACAGUACAGCCUUUGAGGAAUUUAUAG